UCGUUUUACCUUAUUAUUAUUGUAUAUCCUCCUCGUUCUUCUUCACCGUAGUGUCAUCAUGCAUUACCACCUACAAGAAGACCCCCCCGCCAGUCCCCCCGCGAACCACCCCGUCCAAGCCCUUCAUAUCCAUCACGGCCCAGAGCAGCACCGAGUCGGCCCAGGAUGCCUACAUGGACGGCGGCUCGGGCCCGCGCAAGGGCAUCAGCUCGCAGCCGGGCCUCUCCAACUCCACCGAGAGCAUCGACAGCAUGAAGGCCCUGACGGCGGCUAUCGAGGCGGCCAACGCUCAGGUCCACGGCCCGGCCAGCCAGCACGUCACCAACAGCACCGUCACGGUCACGUCCACCGCCAUCGCCCACGUCGCCGCCGACAGCAAGGCGCAAAAGGAAGCGCUCCGCAAGUGCCUCUCCAUCGGGAUCCAGGUGGAGCCGGAGGAGGAGGGGCCGACGGAGGAGCAAUCCAAGUUCCACUCCAUUGGAAUCCAGGUGGAAGAUGAGCGCUGUCACCGCCGCAUGACCCGCUCCAAUAGCGUCACCGCCGCCGUCCAGGCCGACCUGGACAACCCUUCGGAUGGCCCGCAGCUGCCGCCGCCACUCCACUGCGCCACCAUGCCACGCCAGCACUCCCGCGAAGCCGCCGCCUCCGCCGCCUCCACGGUGCGCAUCCAAGGUUCGGGCAACCACUACCACGCCUGCGCCGGCGAGGAUUACGGCGAAGCGGGAUUCGACGCGUCCAUCCUGCCCCCUCCGGACCCGUGGAUGGACAGCGCCGCCGAGCCGGAAGCGGCGGAGGGGGCGCCGGAGGCCGUUAGCCGAUCGGUGUGCCCCCGCGAUGGACGCUGGUUCCUCAAACUGCUACAGGCGGAAACGGAGCGUAUGCAGGGAUGGUGUCGUCAGAUGGAGCAGGACCAGACGGACAACCAGCUGCCGGAUGACGUCCAGGGCAAGAUCCGCAGUGCAGUGGGGAGCGCCCAGCUGCUCAUGUCCCAGAAGUUCCAGCAAUUCCGGGAGCUGUGUGAGGAGAAUCUGAACCCUGACGCGCAUCCGCGACCCGUCUCCCAGGACCUGGCUGGCUUCUGGGACAUGCUGCAGCUGUCCAUCGAGAAUAUCAGCCUCAAGUUUGACGAGUUGCACCAACUCAAAGCGAACAACUGGAAGCCUCUGACGCCCCUGGAGAUCCAGGAGAGACAUGCGCCCCCUCCUGUGCCAAAGAGGUCCCAGAAGGGCCACGCCCCGCUGGCGAGGGACCGCUCUCUGGAGAGCUCCGAGCGGCAGCGUCUGGAGGCCCGCAAGCGCCUGCUCGCUGCCAAGCGCGCCGCCUCGGUGCGCCAGAGCUCCGCCACGGAGAGCGCCGACAGCAUUGAGAUUUACAUCCCUGAGGCGCAGACGCGAUUAUGAAACACACACACACACACACGCCAUGCGCGCAGUAGUAGCACUGGAUGGUGAGGGUGCUAACGGACUUUAUCACAUCACUGUCGCCAUGGAAAUAAGUAUAUUUGGAUUAUUUAUUGAUUUAUUUAUCGAGCCCCCGUGCUCUCCCUCCCACCUCUUUCAGCUUUAAUGUAGCACCCACACCUCCCUUCGAGUCCUUUCCCACCGCGCACACACAAACUCGCACUCUAAUGAUGUCUUAUAUCAGUUACAGAGCACCAGACAUUUUUUUUUUUUAAAUGUGGCCACAUUAUAGAUACACUGGUGCCUUGAGAUAAAAAUGGAAAUUGCUCUGUGACCACGCUCAAAUCAUCCCCCUCAUUGAAUGAAUGGAAAUGAGCCAACUUGAGUUCGAAAGCACUUCAAAAACACAACCAUAGAUGAAUACAAAGCGCUGCGCAUCAAAGAACCCGAUUAACUUCAGUCGGAAGUCAUCUCAAAGCAUCACUGUACACUGUUCGCUAGCUAUCUAGCAUACCCAAGUUGUUCCUGGGAAUGAUAUUAAAGCCGCCAACGUAUAUUCCGUGCACACGCUGUCUCGAUUUUAUCUAUUCUAUUCAUUUAUUUAUUUCAUUGGGACAGUGCACAUGAAUCAAAACAAGACUAAACAGCGUAAAUGCGCCGGACCUAGCAUAAAUGCUAGUUUUCAGUCAUAGUCCCAAACUAUCUAUUUCGUGGCCACAAAUUAGCAUAUUUUUAAAUCUGAUGUACCCCCAAUUUAUUAUUUUUUUAAUCCCAUGCCAUGGGCUCUCUAUACACAACCUCGUGAAGCCGUAUAAUGAGGUGCAAUGUUGUAGCAUGAUGAGUGAACAAAAUUCUCUUACAUUGGUCAAGAGGUUCCAUUUUGUCUGCGCGGGUGUGCAGCUUUUCCGGAAAACUGAAA